CUCAAAAGAGGACCAGGAUACUAAAUCGUGAAAAGCAGAGGUAGGCGCUCAGGAAAGGAGAAAAAAAAGAGGGGGGCUGGGAUAUUUUUUAGGCGUCCCGUCAUUAUUGGUAAGGCAGAGUUAGAGUCAGAGUGUGUGCGUGUGUGUGAGAGAGAGAGAAAGGGAGAGAAAGAGAGAGAGACGGCCGAUGAUGACAGCGGUCGUCCUUCUCUCGGACUCAGCUUUGUGACCGACUGACGGACAGCACCAGCAGCCGAAGAAGAAACUUAAGAUACUCACAACGAGAUUCGAGACGUGAAGCUUUUGCCAGACUGAUUGAACAGAAAACGAGAAAGGAACAAAACCACCUGGGGAAGAUCUACAGACUAUGAGGGCAUAUUUGUGUGACGGACUAGACCUCAGCUGUCACACAGAUACAUGAACGGGUGUUCAAGUCUCCAUGGGAAACUGAAUGAGACGCUUCACAAGGGAGGAACCAGGGGAAAAAUAAAAACAGCUCAGGGAGGCUUUGUGAGAUAGAGAGAGAUAUUGGACUCCAUUGAAGAAAAAGGAGAAGGGAGUGAUUGACACCUGCCCUCCAGCUCGGUGUGAAGGGCAAAGGAUGGGAGAGUGAGAGGAGGGGAAUGAAGUGAAAAGAAAACACAGGAGAGAAUGAAGACAGCCAGAAAACAAGAGCUGCCUUAUUACAUUCCUUGCGCAAAUUAGAACGUCUUUUGACAAGACAAGACAAGAUGAUUGCAAGAAAUCUGCUACUGUUGGUUUUCUUGUCCCUUUGGGAGGCGCCAUUGAGAGGAGCCUCAGCUAGUAAGAUUGUACGCCGGAGAGGAGUGGCUGGAUUACACAUGGCAAGGCGAGCGGAGAGCAAAUCUGUAGACCAAUGGGAUGAGAGCGAGGAUUCAAAUGCAAUGCCCAUGGUUACUCUGGGAAACCUGAUAAGUCAUGAGCAACUGAGCGACUCAGAAUUCCCUUACUCCAAAGUUAUGUUGAAUAACAAGGAGAGGAAAUCUAUCAAGCCUAAGCGUGAGGUCGACUCGGUCAGUAAAAAAGAGGGAACAUCAAAUAUGUUAUCUGGUAACAAGGCAGUAAACCUGGAUAUGAGGAGAGUUAAAAACAAUACAAAAGGUGCAGAGACUUCCAGUACGGGAAGGUUAGAGAAAUCAUUCAUGAUCCAUCACAAGGUGGAACUACAUUCCAAUAAAACCAGGGUAAAAUCCGGAUCAAGGUCCAGGACCAGACCUGAUUUGAGUGUUCACACUACAGGUAUGCCUGGAAAAGGGUUCAGUGUAGAUAGAAGCCGAAAGCUGAACCUCACUGGUAGUUAUGGAGUACUAAAACUGCUGUCAAAAGAGAACUUAGUAAGGAUUGUCAAUUCCCAAAUGCAGAAAGUUCCUGGUCUCGGCUUUCCGAGCAAGGGCAGCCGGAGCAGGAAGAGAGAUUUGAUUGACGUUAAUCAUGGACAAUUAGAGACUCAGAAGGAGCAGAGACAAGAUAUGGCUGCCACUCAGCCUCACAUUGAGUUUGAUAAUCAGACUGCAUUUCCAUAUGCAAGCACAGUUACCAGCCCAGACCUUUACCUGCACCAGAACACUGCUACUCAUAUUAAUAUGCCAAGUGAGGCCAAGCCAGCUUUAAAUAAAGGGCAAGAUGGCUUGGGAAUACAGAGCUCAGACGGUGGUGAUAACAAGAGCAAACACCUCAUUCGUUUCCUGUCAACACCUCGCAGCGAGGUCAGCUUUGGCCCUGAGAAAGACGCUUUGAUGAUGAGACAAACCGAACCACCAUUUACAUCGACAAAACAUCUCCCUAUGUAUGUUCUUCCAGAAACAAAUAAUUCUCCUCCAUCUGUGCUGACAAUGCAACCCCUGGGAGCAAGAGGGGGGAACAGAGCAGCAGAUUCCCGCAGAGACCCAUUAACAGAGUCUGCUCACACUGCUAAAACGGAUUCCGGCAUGGCUAAGUUUCUUACAGAUGAAGACCACAAACUUGUCAACAGCAGUCAUGUCCUAAGGCUUCAACCUGCUCCCAAAUGGAGCUACAGCACAAAGGAAGCUGAAAUCCAAGCAGCUGACCCAGAAAAUGGAAAUGGCCUCGUGUUUGAAGAAGCAUCGGAGUCAGACACAGAGAAGGAGGCGCGGGAGUCUUUGGAGGCGAAGCGGUCACGCUCUCGCAGCAGGAGAAGCUGGAUCUGGAACCAGUUCUUUGUAAUAGAAGAAUAUGCUGGACCAGAACCUGUGCUCAUCGGACGGCUCCACACUGACAUGGACAGGAAUGAUGGCCGCACCAAGUAUAUCCUGCGAGGUGAGGGGGCGGGCUCGGUGUUCGUGAUAGAUGAGAAAACGGGUAACAUUCACGUCACCAAGCCCCUGGACCGGGAAGAGAAGGAUGAGUACCGUCUCGUCGCCACGGCCACCGACAAGCAGACUGAACGUCCCCUGGAACCGUCGUCACAGUUCAUAAUUCGGGUGCAAGACAUCAAUGACAACCCUCCAGUCUUUGAUGAAGGCCCCUACAGCGCCACUGUCCCUGAGAUGGCAAAUAUAGGCACGUCCAUAAUCCAGGUGACAGCGGCAGAUGCUGAUGACCCGACAUACGGGAACAGCGCCAAGCUUGUGUACACACUGGUGCAGGGCCAGCAGUACUUCUCCGUCGAUCCCCAGACAGGGAUUUUACGCACAGCGGUCCCUGACAUGGACAGGGAGACCCAGGACCAGUUCUUAGUGGUCCUUCAGGCCAAAGACAUGGGGGGGCACCUGGGAGGAUUAUCCGGGACCACCACUGUUACUGUUAAGCUCACGGAUGUCAACGACAACCCUCCUCGUUUCACCCAGAGCAUGUGGUCCUUCUCGGUUUCCGAACUUGCCAUCCCAGGCGCAGAGAUUGGACGCAUCUCCGCAACCGACGCAGACCUCGGUGAGAACGCCAAGUUGGAAUACACCAUCCUGGAGGGGGAGACGGGGGACACCUUCAACAUCACCGGAGUGAACCAGGAGGCAGUCAUCAGCCUGAACAAGCCUGUGGACUAUGAGAGUCGGAGUUCCUAUUCCUUCUCUGUGGAGGUUCUCAACCCCAUAGUGGACCCACGUUUUCUACGCCGAGGCCCCUUCAAAGACAGGGCUUCAAUCCGAGUAGCCGUGCUGGAUGCUGAUGAGCCUCCAAGAUUCUCUCGAUCCAGAUACCACAUGGAUGUUUCUGAGAACUGCCCACCAGCCUGCACUGUGGGCCGGGUCAGCGCCGUAGACCCGGAUACCGGUCUUACUAAUAAUAUCAGAUUCUCCAUCGACCCACAGUCAGAUCCGGAGGCCCUGUUUCGCAUCAGCUCAGAAACCGGCCUCAUCACCACGGCUAUGGAGCUGGACCGGGAGCGGGAGCACUGGCACAACAUCACUGUCAUCGCCACCCAGAGGGACAAUCCCAGCCAGGUGUCCAGAGUUCUGGUUGCAAUAGAGACAUUAGACCUCAACGACAAUGCACCCGAGCUCGACAGGCAAUACACAACAGCCUUGUGUGACUCAUCCAAUGCUGGACAGGUGGUGCAGGUGUUGCGCGCGAUUGAUAGAGAUGAGGGAGGGAACGACAGCACUGUGUAUUUCAGCAUCCCUUCAGAAUCCGGUGUUGCCCUCAACUUCAGCAUCAGAGACAGUGGUGGCCCCACAGCCAGCCUGGUGCUUCUGUCCCAGCUCCAGCCGUUAGCUCGCUCCCCGUCCUCCACCUUGACGCUGUACGUUCCGCUCGUCCUCAGGGACGGGACGUCAGGGCUCACCAGCACGGGGACGGUCACAGUGUCUGUCUGUCCCUGUCUGAGGGGAGGGGCCCGCGCCGAGGAGAAAGAGAAGGAUAAGCAGACGGAGGCAGACUGGGACUGGGAAAGAGAAGCAGUGUGUCUGCCUCAGCAGUCCAUGCUGCCCUCCCCAGGGCUCAGCACUGCUGCACUGCUGGCUAUCCUAGCUUGUGUUGCUACACUACUGGCAGUGAGCGCCCUGUCGCUGUCACUGCGCCGUCAGAAGAGGGACUCCCUAUCGCCUCUGGAGGAGGACGACGUGCGCGAGAACAUCAUAACGUACGAUGACGAGGGCGGAGGGGAGGCCGACACGGCCGCUUUUGAUAUCGCCGCGCUCCAGAGCGCUCCACACACCUCCCGCUCUCGAGGCUAUCGCACCCUAGACAGCAGGAAUGUACGUUACUCCCAGCAUGCUCCAGACAAAGGUCGCAACUACGGCUGGCCCCAAAAUCCAGGUGUGGACCACAGCUACUCGGCACCAGGAGGACCCCUUUAUGGUCGUCUCUGCUACAGCAGCCACACCCUGCCGGUUCUCCGUCGUGCACCAGGCGGAACCUUUGAUCCAGGCCUGGCAGAGCUGUCGUACUGCAUUCCUGGAGGCCAGCCGGAACACUCCCUGGUCAUCCAGAACCAAGCGGCCAUGGUUGGGCCAAUGGAGUCGGGGGCAGUAUACAUAGCUCCUACAGACCUCAGCACAGGAAGCCGAACGGGCAGUCGAACUGGGAGCCGUGAUGGAACAGCGCCCCAGAGUGGAGUGAGCACAUCAGACGGAGGAACUCCGAGGACUAGCAACAGUCAGGAAAGAGGAGGCGGGACUGGUCCUGGCAGCAGUUCUAUGGACGGAAGUAAUGAGGAUAAAAACAAUCACAAUCAGGAAAUGGACUGGGUGCAGUCGGAGACGUUGCCCAGAGAGCACAGCCUUGUCAUGACCCGCUCCGGCUCCCUGAUGGGCCAGGGUCACAGCAUGGGAGGAUGGGUUUGUGACCCGGCUACCCUCCCCUUGGCCGGACGUAAGGCUUCCCGGUCUGCCCUGUCCCCGAAACGUAUUGGCUCCGGCCUACCUGAACAUGACCCCAGCGGGGAAGGAGGAGGAAGUGAAGGCGUGGGGGAAGAGGGAAGAGGAAUCGGGAAUGGCGUGGCUUCCAGAGAUGCACAAUCAGUUAGUGGACGCAACUACGCCACUGUCCUCCAGGGGGAGGUAUCUGGACAGAGGGACUACACCAGCAGCCUGGGGAGAGGGGGACUGGAGAUGGGAAGCAGCUUUGUUGUGGCGAGACCGGACAGGGAGAAUGGAGGAAUCCCACUGACUGGAACGCCAUCUGUCUUCCCAGAGGCAGCUGGAUUUAUUGGGGAUUGGCGGGAGCAAAUGGGUUUGGGGGGGUAUGUUUUGGGCAGGAGGGACAUGAGCCCUCAGCUUUUACCUUUCCCAGGGCAGCAGAGGGGAACGUUUGGUGGAGUGAUGGGUUAUGGGCCCGGCUGGGUUCCUGGAAUGGAAGCAACAAGAGGGCCGCAGGGGCCCGGCGGUCCCUCCUUGGCACUGAGAGUGGGUGAGUUCCUACGGCUGCGUCUCGCCCAAGUCACUUUUGACCCUUCCCAGCCUCCGUACGACUCUGUGCAGGUGUACGGCCUGGAGGGGACAGGAUCCAGAGCUGGGUCCCUCAGCUCUCUGGAAAGUGAUGGAGAGAAGGAGGAUUGGGGCGUGGGGCUUGAAGACUGGGGGCCUCAGUUCCAGAAACUAGCUCAGCUCUUUAAAAACAGAGAAAAAGCUAGAGAAGAUAAUGAAAAAGUUGAACAAGUUGCCAAAAAGGAGAGGGAUCAGAAAGAAGAAUUGGAAAAGAAAGAGAAAAGGGAGGUGGAGGAGGUCAGCAAUGAGGGGAAAGACUGAAGAGAGCAAAAAGGGAAAUCAGUGGGGGUUAAAGGAGGCAGUGGGGAAGGGAAGGACCUGGAAGGUGAUGAAAAGGCAACUAGAGGUAGAAUAAUGUGAAGAGAAGUUAAAGGAGAGAAAGAUGAAGAGGCAAAGUAAUAAAAACAGACAGAGAAAAAUGAGCCAAGGGAGGAUGGGGAAUGUGAGGGCAGGAGAGGGAGUGAUUGAUGUGAUUUAAAGCAAUAAGUGUUGAAACGCUGAUAUGGUUGAGCACAGAUACUGAGACAAUGCGGAGGCAACAUUGGCUCGGGGCAGCAACAAUUUGUUAAACGCUCUGGACAAACAAAAACAAUUCAAACAUCCCAGACUCGAUUUAAUUCAGCCAGCACGUAUGGAAUGAGAAUUAGCAGGAAAACAAGGACAGAGAUGCUACUUGUUGUGGUGUAUGUGUGUGUGUGUGUGUGUGUGUUUCUGUGUUUGUGUGUCUGGGAGUGAGAAAGUAUGGCUAUGUAGUGCAUUAUUCAGACACACCAGUCUGCGUAAGUGUGAGGAAAUAAACAAAGAUUAAUAAAGAGAUGUGGAGUAGAAAUCAAAAUACCCAGGGACAAUUUAAAGAGGGGAAUAGCAAGUGGUGCUACACAGGCGCCGUUUUUGGUAUUUGAAAUGAUCCACGGAGUCAGAAACUAGAAAACACAAAAAGUGGUAGGAAGGAUACUGGGAUACAGAGGGAAUGGGAAGGCAGGAAUGUAAAGCAUCAGAAAUGAUCUUAUAAGUGAAGUGAUUGUACAGAAAACUAUUACAUUUUAUACCAUCUGCUGGGGCAGAAAAGUGAAUAAUUCAGCUUGAUAAUCCAUUCCAAAUGAAAAUCAUGAAUCAUUUAAAUCCCACAAAAGAUUCCAACCUUCCUUUUAGCUCACAAGGAAAACAGACAUUGUGAAAAAAUUUAAUGAUUUAGGGAUGUUAUUCCCCACCCUCCCAACACCCUCACCCGUCUCGUUUUGUAGUUGAGUGUUGAUAUGUUUACAGAGAUUUUACACUCUAACACCUCCAAACAAAAAGGACUGAAUAAAGUUAAACAUUGAUUGUAUUAAAGCAAACAUAUUCUACAGCACCUCGAAAAGUUUUCAUUCCCCUUGAACCUUUUACAUUUUUGUAAUGGCUUACAGCAACACAAAGUAGUGCAUAUAUGUGAAGUGGAAGGAAAAUAAAACAUGGUUUUAACAAUGUUUUUGCAAAGGAAAAUCUGAAAAGUGUGGUGUGUAUUUAUAUUUAGCCUCACUGAUUCUAUAUUUUGUAGACCCACUUUCUGCUGCAAUCACAGCUGCAAGUCUCUUGUAGAAUGUCUCCACCAGCUUCGCACAUUUCCUGACUGAAAUUUUUGCCUGUUCUUCUUUGCAAAGUGUAUCAAGCUGUUGGUUGGAAAGCAUCUGUGAAGAGAUAUUUUCAGGUCUUCAAAUGGGACUGCUAUUUUCAUCAAUGGCUUUUUUGCCACUACUUCACAAUAAAGGCCAGAUUUGCAGUGUAGGACCAAUAGUUGGUCUGUUGACAACUUCUCCCACCUGAGCUGUGGAUCUCUGCAGCUCCUCCAGAGUUUUCCUGGGCCUCCUCACUCGUUCUCUGUACUAUGUUCUCCUUGCCCGGCCUGUCAGUUUAGAUGAAUAGUGAUAUUGACACGGGGAAUAAAAGUUAACCGUCAGUUGUGUCCUGGACAGGUUUUCUGUUGGUUAUUGUCCGGAAAAGUAAAUUGAUAUUUAGUCCCCCCCCCCCCCCUCCCUCCCUCUGUUGUGCAGUAUAAACACUCUAAGAUUUGUGUAAAACAUUGCCAGCUCUGGGUGGCUAACGACACUGAAGCUGGUGUCUGACAUAAAGCUUACAAUUUGAUCUCAAACUAAAGUACUAUUUCACAUUAGGACUGCAUUCAAUCUCCACUUUAUUCAAAAUGUAAAAUCAUUUAGAGAUGGCAAACCUGAAUUGUCUACACUGAAUACUUCCUCUUGCCAAAUGGGCUUCAUCAAGGAAGUGGAUGUGUAUUUGGUUGUGUGUGGAGGUUGGCGGGCAGGAUGGAAAUGGAGGGGGUCCCACAGAACGUCCUUCAUGCUACAAUCAUCACUGAUGGGGUGGAGUUAAACAGCUGCAUUUCUGCUGGGAUUAAAUUUCACACAGGGGGAAUUUGUUGGCUAAUUAGGUGACUUUUAAAGCCAAUCCACUGGAUUGUAUUUAGGGGUGUCCGAGCAUAAAGGGUAAAAUGCAGAUGUACGCCAAACUGUUGAGAUUGUCUUUUGGAAAAAAUAGGAACCAUGUAUCCUAUUGCUUCAGCUUUAGAACUAUGCACUACUUUCUGAUGGCUAAUUGUAUACAAUCCAAGUAAAAAGCGUUGACGUUUGUGGUUGCAACGUAACAAAAUAUGAAAAGGUUCCAGAGUUAGAAAUACUUUUGCAAAGUACUGUACAAGCAUUCAGCUCACUUUUUAAAGCAUCAAACAUUCAGUUAUAAAACAGCUUUUAUCUGUUAAAUCUGCUGUUUUUCUUUCUCUUUUUAUGUGUACCUGCGUGGCACCCUACUGUAGUCUCACUGUACGCACCUUGAGGACAUAAUAUGCAUGAUUUCUGAAAACAAGUGGGGGUAUUCAGUGCCGAUUACUUACUUGUUUGAACACUUGUACUGCCGAACUGAAAUUUCCCAUGGAUUUCUUAGUUAAAUAGUAGGGGUGCACCGCCACAGAGACUCCCACCACAGGCUGUUGUGUUGUUGUCAAAGGUCAUAAUGCAAAUGAGUUUGAGUUUUCAGCUGGAAUGCACUUUUAUACUGUGUGAUGUUCAGUAACAGAUCAUGAACAAUGUCAAAGAUAACACUUGUUUUAUAAGAUGUCGAUGAAAAGAUACAUUGUUUGACUGUAUGUAAAAUCAUUUUAAAUGUACAUACCACUGAAUAAUACUGCUGAAAGAUACUCUAUAAGAUUUUAAAAAAUGAGUUUGAAAAAAAUUAUUUAAGUGUUCAAAUGGAGCACUGUUGGGACUAUCUGUAUGUAUUGUAGAUUAGAAAUCGAUCGACUGAGCUGGAAUAAAAGCAGCACCCUGUAUUCAACAUUUGUAAAUGGGUUCAUCAUGUUGUAGCCCUUCUCUUGAAAAUGGACAAGCCAACCAUUUAAUUAUACAUGUGGCCUCUGGCAGACGCUUGUUGUGCAAAACAGUGGUGUAGUUACAGAAAACCUGUUGGAAAGCCUGUCCCACUAAACAACUCAUUUGAAAGAAAUUGUGUGAAUUAAUACACACACAUACACACGCUUACAUACACACACAUGCACAAAAAUCUGUAUUUCAUUUCUAUUAUGCACUAAAAUGGAAUAUGUCAGUACUUGGUUCUGCCUGAGAGAGAUGGAGGUUUUAUAGAUACUUAUCUCUCUUUGGGAAUUUAAUAAACUGUGAAUUAAGGGAAA